UAACUCGUUAUACAAGGAUAAAUAAAUCGAGGGAUAUCGAGACCACUCACGAUUUGUCUGUCUUCUAAUAAACGAUGGAAUAUUCUCAAGGACUUCCAAGCAUCCAGGAUUGAUAGAAUUAGCGCCGAGUCCGAGUUAGCUGUGAUGGUGAAUUAAUUCUGUCGAGAAUAUAGCAUUUCUUCCAACUUUUCUUGGAAAAUAGGCAUCGUCUGUCACUCAGUAUCACAGGCAAUGUAGAAAAGCCUCCACGCAGAAUGUGAGCCAUUUCAUUGACGAGUCUCAGAUAAGAUCAUUGUAUGGAGACCCAUUAAAAGGCACGCAAGCAAUGAGAAUGCGAGUCCCAGAAUAUUUCUACCUCGUCACGUGACCUAAUAGCUGUCACCAAGAUAUGACUGCAUGGUGUUUUGGAUUUUCCCUUCUCCUGGUUCUAUUUUUAGCCAGAGUCAAAGGGAAUAUUGUUGUUGUAUCCUUGGAGGAGCAAACAAAACUGUUGAACGAUGCAAUGCACAGAUGUCUCAUCUACAUUCUAGACUCCCAGAAGAAUUCUAGUUUUCAAAAUGCUUCUGAAACCGAUUACUGUUCCGCCACAUGGGAUUCUCUAGCCUGUUGGCCCCAGACAAAGGCUGGCGAAACCGCCAUUAUACCAUGCCCGAAUUAUCUCAACUCGUUUGAUUCUGCAGCCAAAGCUUACAGAAACUGUACAGAAAAUGGCACCUGGUUAUUUAUCCCACAGUUAAAUUCUACCUGGUCGGACUAUCGGGAGUGUGUCAUACCAGAUCCUGGGGUCACUGUCGUCCCCAAACUAAUCCAGGACCACAUGGCGUCCAUUACUAUGAUGUACACUAUUGGUUAUGGCGUCUCUCUCGUGUCUCUACUCUUGGCCACUGUCAUCAUGCUUAUGUUUAGGAAACUCCGAUGUCCACGGACUACAAUUCACGUAAACUUGUUUGCGUCGUUUAUGAUUCGAGCUGCAUUCUCAUUCAUGAAGGAAAAUUUAUUGGUUAGUGGAGUGGGAUUCAGCGGUGACGUCAUAGAAUCAGACAACGGACACGUAGAAUUCAAAAGCGAGGGCACACAUUGGCAGUGUAAGCUUUUCUUUACCAUCUUCUACUACUUCUUGGGCGCUAACUACAUGUGGAUUUUGGUGGAAGGCCUGUAUUUACAUCUUCUCGUCUCAGUGGCAGUCUUCUCAGAGAAGAGUGGUGUUAAAUGGCUGGUUCUGUUUGGAUGGGCCUCACAGCUGGUGUGUGUUGUACCCUGGGUGAUAGUCAGAGCAACAUUAGAAGAUGUUCUGUGCUGGAAUACUCACCCUACUCCGGGGUACUUCUGGAUUUUACGUGGUCCUAUAGUAGCAUCUGUUGUGGUUAACUUUGUGAUUUUUAUCAACAUUAUUCGAAUACUCUUCACGAAACUUAAUGCUUUUAAUGCAAAUGAAACGAAGAAAUUUAGGUAUAAGAAGCUAGCCAAAGCGACAUUGGUCCUGAUUCCUCUGUUUGGGGUCCAUUAUGUUGUGUUUAUUGGUCUACCGGAUAGAGUCAGUGACGAGGCGGAACUGGUCAAACUCUACUUUGAAAUGUUCUUUAACUCGUUUCAGGGCUUCAUAGUAGCUCUCAUUUUCUGUUUCUUCAAUGGAGAGGUACAGGCAGAAAUAAAGAAAAAAUGGCGACGGUUUCUGAUAUCACGUGGUCAAGGGCUUAGUCGAAAGAGCACUCGAGAGACUAUGACAUCAUUUAUAUCGCACACACGUGGAGGUUCAUUGGGAUCAACAACAAAUUCUCAAGAUUCAAAAGAACACCAGAAUGGAAACUGUACCCGAGAAACGUCACUUAUUGGAUAUAACGAGGAACUUCAUCCAUUACAGAAAAACAAGGUGUAUGUGAAGGAGAAUGGUGUUUGUCAAUACCAAAACGGAAAAAUAGACGAAUGUAAACCGUUAAGUCCCGAUCAACUGAAUGUUUCUUGUUAAGAGAGGUGUGAUCAAGGAUAUUUGUUUUAUUCAGGAAUAGAGAGAUUGCCAAAAGCCAUUACAGUGAAAUAAUCUGAAAUAAUAGUUUCCUGAAAAGCAAGAAAGGUGAAGUUACAGUGGAAAAUAUAUAACUUACUAGAGUUAAUGCUUCAAACUGUAAAUGGUUUAUGGUAUAGUUAUUAAGGCAGCAGAUUUUGUCCUUGAUCACAGUAAGAUUGUAUUUGGGUUUUACUCGAUAGUCUUGUACAGAUGUAGUUUUCUUUUUACAUGUUGACCUGUCUCAAUCUAUAUUUAAUACUAUCUUCAUGCUCCUGAAUCUCAGUGUGCGAAUUUCAUGAGCUCUCCAUUAACAAGCGCUUCUCUGUGAUCAGUAACAUAUGUUUGUUUUAAGAUUAGAGUUCAGUGAAUUAAGAAUAUCUAUAUAUUUAUUUAUGAUGUAUAAUAAUAUUGUUUAUAACUUCAUAGUACAUUUAUCGUUUAUAGAUUAUUUAAUGUUUUGCAAAAAUAAAAAAAUAGUUGACUGUAAUAACACAAUAAAUGUGUGAAAAGUAGAAAAACAGAGAGGUAUACAUCAAAGAAAUUAUAUCAAGGGAGGUGUGUAUAAUUGACUACUAAGAAAUUUUGGAGGAGGUAAUUUAAGAUUCAAUGCAUGUAGUUUGUUAUAUUUAUAAGUUAUUUAUGACCAUGUAGAUAUUGUUUUAAAUUAACUUUGUACUGUUAUUGUUUUUGAUAAGUCAUUGCAUACCAAAGAUUUCAUGUAUUAUUUGCAUAUUGUUUGAUUAACAUAAGACUGUGAUUUAUUUAUCGUGUACACACUGUACAUUUUUAUACAUAAAUGUAGUUGUUGGUUUACAGCACAUUUGAUGAUGUGAAAUAUAGAUACUGAGUAUUCGCUAUACCCUAUCAUUGUUUUAUAACAUUAAAAACACAUUUCCAUAGCCCCGUGACCCUCAUCAAUAGAAAUGUGUUUUCAUGAUAAUGCAACAUUUACUGAAAACUUUAAUAUUUUUCUAAGUAUCGGGAACAAUAUUUAAUUAUUAUGCUUUAUAUUCAUCAGUUCCUUGAAAAGGUAAAUUAAAUAAUAAUUCAUUUAAAAUGCACUGUUUCAUUUAAUUAUCAAUUCCUAAUUAUAAAUUGAAAUGA